UUGCCCAACGAGGAAAGAGAAAAACUCAGAUAAAAACAACCGAGUAAAACCCAAGAUAUCCUCCAAUAUCAAAAAUGGCCACCAUGUUAGGAACGCCAUGGAUAAGAAUCAAGGUCGUACCAGAUUUACACUCCCCUAUUUUCCGGCAAUCUUCCCUCUCUCUCCACCGCAGCUUCCGCCGUCACUUCCGCCGUGAUUUCUCGAUUUCCGCUUCUUCCGAUUCUCCUUUUCCGAGGAAGAAUGACGGCGAAAUCAGAGUUCGAUUCGCUCCUUCUCCCACCGGAAAUCUUCACGUCGGAGGCGCAAGAACUGCUCUCUUCAAUUACCUCUUUGCUAGGUCAAAAGGUGGGAAAUUUGUUCUGAGAAUUGAGGAUACUGAUUUAGAAAGAUCGACGAAGGAGUCUGAAGAGGCUUUGUUGCGUGAUCUUACCUGGCUUGGUCUUAAUUGGGAUGAAGGUCCUGGAGUUGGUGGAGACUAUGGUCCAUAUAGACAAUCUGAAAGAAACAGUCUGUACAAGCAAUAUGCUAAUAAGCUUUUAGACUCUGGUUAUGUUUAUCGGUGCUUCUGCUCUAACGAGGAACUUGAAAAAAUGAAGGAGACUGCAAAACUGAAAGGAUUGCCACCAGUAUACAAUGGAAAAUGGGCCACUGCCAGUGAUGUUGAUGUAAAGGAAGAGCUGGAAAAGGGAUCCCCAUUUACGUACCGAUUUCGUGUACCCAAGGAUGGGAGUCUCAAAAUUGAUGACCUUAUUCGAGGAGAAGUUAGGUGGAACUUGGAUACCCUUGGAGAUUUUGUGAUCAUGCGGAGUAAUGGGCAACCUGUGUACAACUUCUGUGUCACAGUUGAUGAUGCAACAAUGGCCAUUUCACAUGUUAUCAGAGCGGAGGAGCAUCUACCUAAUACACUGAGGCAGGCAUUAAUAUACAAGGCUCUAGGGUUUCCUAUGCCCAACUUUGCCCAUGUUUCUUUAAUUCUUGCACCUGAUCGAAGCAAACUAUCUAAGCGUCAUGGUGCGACUUCAGUGGGUCAGUUCAGGGAGAUGGGAUACCUGCCUCAGGCUCUGGUGAACUUCUUGUCGUUAUUGGGCUGGGGGGAUGGUACUGAAAAUGAAUUUUACACUAUUGAGCAACUUGUGGAAAAGUUCACUAUAGAACGUGUAAAUAAGAGUGGAGCUAUAUUUGACACUACUAAAUUGAGGUGGAUGAAUGGGCAGUACUUGCGAGCUUUGCCAUCAGAUGAGUUGAAUAAAGUUGUUGGAGAGCAUUGGAAGAGUAGUGGCAUCCUCAAUGAAUCCGAGGGACUGUUUAUAGAAGAGGCUGUUGCAUUGCUGAAGGAUGGACUUGAGUUAGUACCAGAAUCAGACAAAUUGCUUUCAAACUUGCUAUCGUAUCCAUUAAGUGAAACUCUUGCAAGUUCUGAAGCUAAGCCAGUUCUUGAAGAUGGGCUUUCUGAUGUGGCAUCCAGUCUCUUAGCAGCACAUGACAGUGGUGAGCUCAGUGCAGCACUCCAAGAAGGCCAUUCUGGCUGGAAAAAGUGGGUCAAGGGUUUUGGGAAUUCAUUAAAGCGCAAGGGUAAAGCCCUCUUUAUGCCCCUCCGAGUGUUGCUGACAGGAAAGCUCCAUGGUCCAGAUAUGGGAGCUAGUAUUGUUCUGUUGCAUCAAGCGGGGACUACUGGUAUUGUAAAUCCUCAAUUUGGGCUCAUAACAUUAGAUGAAAGGUUCAAAAUGCUUCGGGAAUUGGACUGGGAGUCAUUUAAAGCAGACUCUUCUGCACCCGAACCAGCUACCACUGCAGCACUUUGAGAUAAAAUAGAAUUUGGCACUUUUCCCUAUUUCCACAGCCAAGUUUUGCAAUUUUGACCUCGAAGAGUAGCGAUGCCUAUUUUGCAGCUUCAUUUUACUAGGCUUUUGUAUUUGAAACUGGUUGAUAGAAAUUAAAACAUAUUGAAUCUCAAGUAUUACACAUUUACACAGCAAUUGGCUGCCUGGUUUACGACUUACGAGUACUGACCUGUCAGUUGUUCAGACUUAUAUGUUUCAGACAAUUCUUGACGAUGUAAGGUGAAAAUGUGAAAUUGUGUAUACAUGGAACUUUCCAUACCUCCACAAGUGUUUGGUAGAACAUCAGAGCAAGUGAUGGCGAAUUGGUAACAACCGAUCUCA